AUGGGCGUUCGUCUAGGCUGCUUGAGCGACUCCCCGUGGUGGCCGCUGCUGCUGCUGCUGUUCUGCACUGUCCCCUACUGUUCGGGCCGGCCGUUUGGGAUUCCCACGCCCUCCGUGAACGUGGCGGUGGUGUUCAGCGGCUCGGCCUACCAGACGGAGAUUAAGGGGCGUUUAAGCCGGGAAAACUUCAUGGACCUGCCGCUGGAGGUGAACCCCAUCACUGUGCUGGUCAACAACACCAACCCACGGGCGCUGCUCACCCGUAUCUGCGACACCCUCUCCACCAACCGCGUCCAUGGCGUGGUGUUCGAAGACAACGUUGGUUCGGAGGCCGUGGCGCAGAUCUUGGACUUCAUUUCCACUCAGACAGCUGUGCCCAUCGUGGGCAUCAGUGGAGGCUCCGCUGUUGUCCUGCCAUACAAGGGUGAGGGCUCCAACUUCCUCCAGUUGGGGUCCUCCAUUGAGCAGCAGAUCAACGGCAUGUUCAAGGUGAUGGAGGAGUACAAUUGGGACAGUUUCGUGGUCAUAACCAGCCUUUACCCGGGUUAUGAAACCUACGUGGAUUACAUCAAGUCCUUCACUGACACCAGCUACUUCAUGUGGGACCUGCAGGAUGUUCUGACCUUCGACAUGUCUGCCGACAGCAUGAACGACAUUCGAGCACGGAGGCUCCUCCAGCAGAUCGACGCCCAAGUGCUGCUGGUCUACUGCUCCCACGAAGAGGCCCAGUAUCUGUUUUCCAUGGCUGCCGAGGCUGGACUGGUGGGGCCGGGUUACAUCUGGAUUAUCCCCAGCCUGGCUGUGGGAAACCCAGACAUCCCUCCCCCUGACAGCUUCCCUGUGGGGCUCAUCAGCAUCAUCACAGACCGGUGGAGGAUGAGCCUGAGGAAGAGAGUUCGGGAUGGGGUGGCCAUUGUGGUGAAAGGCGUGCAGAGCUUUCGGAAACAAAGAGGCUUCAUACCCGAAGGUCACAGUGACUGUCACAACCCCGUCAAGCCACUGAUCGUCUUGCUCUGGAUUCUGUUUCUCUUUAGGCACAUGCUGAAUGUAACAUGGGAACACAAUGACUUCUCCUUCAACAGCAACGGCUACCUGGUGAAUCCAGCCAUGAUAAUCAUCACUCUGGACAGAGAGCGACAGUGGGACAAGGUGGGGACCUAUGAAAUGGGAAUCCUACAGAUGAGAUACCCCGUGUGGCCGCGGUUUGGCUCCUACCUCGAGCCGGUGUCAGAUUACAGGCAUCUGACGGUGGCCACCCUGGAGGAGCGGCCCUUUGUCAUUGUGGAGGCAGUGGACCCUGUGACUGGUACAUGUGUUAGCAACACCGUACCCUGCCGACGACAGUCCAACAAGACGGAGGCUAUCGUGGGUCACACUGAGCCAUACACAAAGUUGUGCUGUAAGGGCUUCUGCAUAGACAUCCUGAAGAAACUGUCCCGCACCAUAAAGUUCUCCUACGACCUCUACCUGGUCACCAACGGCAAACAUGGCAAGCUGGUCCGGGGAAUUUGGAACGGGAUGAUCGGAGAGGUGUUCUACAAACGGGCAGACAUGGCCAUUGGCUCACUGACCAUAAAUGAAGAGCGCUCGGAGAUUAUUGACUUCUCAGUGCCAUUUGUGGAGACGGGGAUCAGUGUGAUGGUGGCUAGAAGUAACGGGACAGUCUCUCCAUCUGCUUUUUUAGAACCUUACAGCCCAGCAGUUUGGGUAAUGAUGUUCGUCAUGUGUCUGACAGUCGUGGCCAUCACAGUGUUUGUCUUUGAAUACUGCAGUCCGGUUGGGUAUAACCGCAGUCUGGUCACUGCCAAAGAUCCUGGAGGUCCCACCUUCACCAUCGGGAAGUCAGUGUGGCUGCUGUGGGGAAUCGUCUUCAACAACUCUGUACCUAUUGAGAAUCCAAAGGGCACCACUAGUAAAAUAAUGGUCCUAGUCUGGGCUUUCUUUGCUGUCAUCUUCCUGGCUUCCUACACAGCCAACCUGGCUGCCUUCAUGAUCCAGGAGCAGUACAUCGACACAGUCUCUGGACUGAGUGACAAAAAGUUUCAAAAGCCACAGGAGCAGUACCCUCCGUUCCGCUUCGGUACAGUCCCAAAUGGCAGCACAGAGCGCAACAUAAGGAGUAACUACCCCGAGAUGCACUCCCACAUGGUCAAAUACAACCAGAAAGGAGUAGAGGAUGCCCUUAACAGCCUCAAAACAGGGAAACUGGAUGCUUUUAUCUAUGAUGCUGCUGUGCUGAAUUACAUGGCUGGCAAAGAUGAAGGCUGCAAGCUGGUGACCAUUGGCAGUGGGAAAGUGUUUGCUACCACUGGUUAUGGCAUCGCCCUGCAGAAGGAUUCACGCUGGAAACGACCCAUCGACCUGGCCCUGCUCCAAUUCCUGGCUGAUGGUGACACACAAAAGCUGCAGACCGUCUGGCUCACAGGUAUUUGCCGUAAUGAAAAGAAGGAGGUCAUGAGCAGUAAGCUGGACAUUGACAACAUGGCAGGGGUCUUCUAUAUGCUGCUUGUAGCCAUGGGCCUGAGCCUGCUGGUUUUUGCUUGGGAACAUCUGCUCUACUGGAAACUACGACAUUCAGUGCGCAAAUCAGAGCGAUUGGACUUCCUCCUCGCCAUCAGUCGAGGCAUCUACAGCUGCUUCAAUGGAGUAGAGCAAACUGACCGCAAUGGGAGCAUGCCGAGUCCAGAUGUCACUACCAACUAUACACAAGCAAACAUGCUAAAGAUGCUGAAGACAGCCAAGGACAUGGUGUCCUCUGCCAGAGUGGAGAACUCUCUAGACAAUGCCACCAAAACAAUAGAGAACUGGAGCAGGCGGGGAGGUGACAAUGUGCGGGUAGGCCUGCCACCCAGAAUUACAACCACAGACAUGACCCAUGGCCGCCUGCCCUACAUCUCAAGCAUCACGGACAACCACUCCCCAUACCCUCAGAGGGCCAUUACACCCACGUUCCCAAUUCAUUAUGGGGAUACUUCCACCCAACCCCUCCUGGAUAAGCCCCGAGUGGUAACCAGGCCCACCCCACUCCGCUACACGCUGCCUUCCCGAAGCAGUCAACAUGUCUUAGAGAGGACUCUACCUAUCUCCAGCCUCAGCAGCCCUCACAUCGCCAUGAGGGAUCCUGCUCCUCCUGGAACUCCCAACCCCCACCACGGCAGCAGGCUGUAUGUGGAGAACCAGGCCCGGAUGCCCACAUCCCCUUUUGUCCCGUACAGGGAGUUCCAGGUGCCCGAUAUUUAUGUGGAACACAAAGCACCUCUGAGGAGGAAGUUCAGCUAUCCCCCUGACUGUGUGAGCCGGAGAAGGAGGUCCCAUAGCUAUGUGUUUGAUGCUGCAGACCCCAGAGUGAGAGGGGAUUAUGAUGAACCUCGAUCCUGCCUUGCUGAGUUGAGGGCCAAUCACCUCCUUAACAACCACGCCCCUGAUGCAGCAGCCAUGGCCUGCACUCCAGGACACUACCCAGGCGGCAGCACCAGCUGCAACUCCUGUAUGAAGUCCUACCUGGAGCCUGAAAUGGAUGACAUACCACUCCUGGGGAAGGACAAACUAAACCGCCGCGCCUCAUUCCUCAAAGCCACAUGGGGCAACGAUAGGAUCCGUCAGGUAGAUGAAACAAAGCCCUCCACGUCCACAUCUCCCUCCACCAGAGUAGACAUGCCUGACCUGUUUCCACGGGUUGUAGUGGCUAACCCAAAGCCCCACAAAUUAUAUGGCAGUCUGGGGCACAACCUCUCCUGCUACCCCUUGGCUGCUGAGCCAGCCUAUCUGGACCCAGCCCACAUGGGUUCCUACCCCUACAAGCAAAAGCUUAAGUACUCUGAGUCCACCCGGCUGCCCUCUUACAGGGAAGCCAUCUUGCAGAAUGCCGCUGCCCUGCGCCGCUCCUCCUCCACAGUGGUGCAUAGACACUACUCCACCUACCUGAACUCAUACACAGACUUACCAGUGUAUGUGGGGCCACUGGCCCAGGGACCGUCCCAGUUCUACAACGGUUCCAAGGACAUGUGCCACUUGUUUCCCUGUACAAGCCACUGCCCAGAUAAUGCAGCAAUGCUGCCUCGAAUGAGUGACAGGCAGGUUGUUUACCACAACAAUAUGUUUGGGGCCUAUGAUGGCUCAGGAAAGAGGGAAGACCCAGGUUCUGGGAGCAGAGAGCGAAGGCAGGUGUUGGUGGCGCGCAGAGUCAACAGUCCCUAUGUGCCAAAGCCCUGGGGCAGGGUAUCCAGUCUGGAGUCUGAGGUCUGAACCACCAUCCUUACUGGUCCUCCAUCAGGCUCUCUGACUGAGCCCCUCUGAGGAGGGGAAUGCCUGGAGGUUCUC